AUAGCAAGCUAUCGUGUUUCACUUAAAAGCUUAAAAUUCCACUCCCUCUGUCGGAUUCCUUCUCCCACUUUUACAUUUUCCGUUCUUGGUCGGUUCUGCACCAUCAGUAAUCAAUACAAAAGUCCCAAAUUUCUUUCUUUUCUGCUUUUCAACUCUUCCAUCUUGUCAAAAGCGGGAACACCAGCGAUAGAGUCGAUUCUAAAGAAGGAUUAUUCUCCUUGGUAGAGAGUUAGGUGCUUUCUGUAGACUGCAGAAGCAGCAUAGGCCGCGACAGCGAGUUCUCCACUGCUUUAAGAUGAGCUUCGGAAGCAGUUCUGGGAGCAGAGGUGCAAGGGCGUUUGAGUUUGGAAGGACUCAUGUCGUUAGACCAAAGGGCAAACAUCAGGCGACCAUUGUCUGGCUUCACGGCCUCGGCGACAAUGGCUUGAGUUGGUCACAGCUCUUGGAAGCGCUGCCUCUUCCUAAUAUCAAAUGGAUAUGCCCCACGGCGCCUAGUAGGCCAGUAGCCAUCUUUGGUGGAUUUCCGUGCACUGCAUGGUUUGAUGUCGGAGAUCUUUCGGAGGAAGGUCCCGCUGAUGUAGAAGGGUUGGAUUCUUCAGCAGCACAUGUUGCAAACUUGUUGUCGACUGAACCUGCUGACAUCAAACUUGGGGUUGGAGGGUUUAGUAUGGGUGCUGCAACUGCCUUAUAUUCUGCAACUUGCUGUGCUUAUGGGAAAUAUGCAAAUGGAAAUCCUUACCCUGUCAAUAUCAGUGCUGCUGUUGGUCUAAGUGGCUGGCUUCCAUGUGCAAGGAGCCUCGGCAACAAAAUUGGAGAGUCAGAAGAGGCUAAAAGACGUGCAGCAUCUUUACCUCUUCUACUCCUACAUGGAAAAGGGGAUGAUGUAGUCCAUUACAAGCAUGGAGAGAAAUCAGCAGAGGUUUUGACAUCUUCAGGAUUCCGAAGCUUAACUUUCAAAUCUUACAAUGGGCUGGGUCAUUAUACAGUCCCCGAAGAAAUGGAUGAUGUCUGCAAAUGGAUCAUUGCAACACUGGGCCUUGAGACUUCACAAUCAUAAUGCGAGUUAUGUCCAGGGAUGCUCGUGGAGAAAUGGUGAUGAGAAAAAAUGAGUGAGAGUUUGUCUCGUUUAUGAUUGGCAAGUUGGUUUAAUGAUGUUCUAAUUAAGCAAGCCUUGGGGGCUAUCGUACUGUUUCCGCUGGAGUCGAAAUGGUUAAAUGUGCUUCUGUAGUUCCCUUAUCCACCAUGGCGUUUUGUGUGAGUUUGAUGUGAUAAUGUAAUGCUUGCCAUUCAAUUUUGGGGUCGCUGACUGUCUUA